CUGUUCUCCUGCGAAAUGGCUGUCCGCGACUAUGAGCUGGACCAGUACAGCGUGGUGAACAAUGCGUGCUAUGCAAACUACCUCCAGCACGUGCGCCAUGAGUUUUUGACGCAUGUGGGGGUGUCGGCAGAUGCUGUGGCCCGCCAGGGGGACGCGCUGGCGCUCUCGGAGCUCAACAUGCGAUACCUGCGGCCGCUGCGGUCGGGGGACCGCUUUCGUGGCACGUGCCGCGUCGUCAAGACCACCGCCGCCCGCCUCGUGUUUGAGCAGCAGCUCUGGCUGCUGCCC